AUGCCUGAAUUAUAUCCUUCCCCUACAUCCACUUCUGAUAAUCAGAAUUCACUCAAUGAGUACCCGGCCCCUCACUCUCACUCCUGCAGACAUUUCAGCUACUAUGUUGAUGUCUGCAUCGCACAUCCGCACAUCCAUCUCCCAUAUCAGGCGGAGGCUGCAAACAACAAUAUUCCCCCUUUGGCUUGGAUCAGGCACUUCAAAGCCGGGCUGCAAUGGGAGAUCACUACUUUUGUCACUCCCAUCCUCCAGUACUCAGCUGCCAGGAACAUCAUUUCGGUCGUUCCCAGCCCUAUUGCUCAUAUUAUUCAUUUGAUUCCCAGUCACACCUGGAACACGGUUCUGGAUCACAUCUUUUCCUAUCACAUCUGUUUGUUUCAUGAUGUCGCAGAUCCCGGAGAUCCAUCCCGGAUCGUAUCUGGCUAUGAUACCCCAUGGUGGAUGGGAGAAACUGCAAUCCUGAACGAACCAUGGCAAUGGGAUCGGGUGAUGACUUGCUGUAUCUUUCACUACCAGCAUUGGCUAGAUGGCAUUGAGAAUGAUGGUCUGACAAUUCCGGAGCAGGUGGAUCAUACCUCAGUUCCAUCACUGAUGGGACUGAGGUGGAUUAGAGAACACCUCCUGACAUUACUUGAGGAGCAAUGUGAGGGCAUCUGUGACAAGAUGGCAGAGAUACAAAUCUACACUGCCAUGCUGGACAGAUUGAAGAGAGGCAGAGGAGAGUAG